UUGCUUCGUUCAUUCGACCCUUCCCUUCCCUUCCCUUGCGUUUCAUCUUAUGCAUGUCCUCGAUUAAUCGCCUCCCAUUGCAGCCCCCCUUCGUCUCUUCUGUGUUGUUGUUGUCAGUGGAAAUGGACCGUGGUUGAGGGAGUUCUACACCCACACCUGUAUUCUUACUGAGUCGACUCGAUACUACGCGACAAUCACAUCUGCUCCGAUCGUCUUUUCCCCGCAUCCCUUCAUUCGCCUGAACAUGGCAAGCAGUCGCCAACGAGGCUAACAAUCGCUAAAUACCCUCUUCGCCUCUUACUGCAUACCGCCCUUGCCCUCAAUUGUUUUUCUCCAAUUUAUAUAGCUAGCGUGUGCUAAUGACCAGCAUGGUCGAUAUUCCAUGGCCGCCAAAAUCACCGCGGGAGGCUCUUUUGAGUAGUCCGAGUGGCCGCAAACGCCUGGAAGAACUGCAGCGUCGUCAGGGAAACCCCGGCUCGCCAUUGAAGCGCUCCGUCACGACCCCCGAUUUACGAUCUAAGGCAGCACAGCUCCUGAGCGACGGCAUGGACGAUGACGACGAAGAUGAGGACGAGGAUGAGGAGACAUUGAAACUGAAAUUGGCCGCCAUUGAGGCUCGCCUCAAGCUGAAACAACUUCAGAAGAGUCGCGCAAAGUCCGGAACUCCAGCACACGCCGCACAAGACGGAGACAAUGCUCUUGUCCGACCUUCGUCGGCAGUGAGCUACUCAUCGCAGUCACAGACCCACAUCUCUCGAGGCAGAACUGAGCGGAGGGUUCAACACGACACCUCUCUGGACGACGUGCAGGUUCCGCUCUCACCAACACGACGGCCGACGGCCCCGACGGAUCCAGUAUCCCCGCGGAGAUUUAUCUUAGGUAUCGAUAAAGGUCUCAAAUCAAGGGACGUGUCUCUGAAGCGACCUCCAAGUUCGCGAAGCACUGGCCAGUCACUUGCGACGAAUGGCAACAGGACAUCGACUGGUCGCGACGGCUAUGUCUCACACUCGAACAAGCUUCUGCAGACAGUCACUGCGGAUCAUGAAUACGGUCGCCCGAAGAGCUUCAGCGAGCGCAUGGCCGAGAGUCGCUCGGAGGAAAAGGCCCGGAAGGAUCGAGUUGAACGGGCUGAGCGCAUUCAAGCCAGCCGGAGCACGGCGUUUCACGUCGACAAAAAUGAAGUCGAAGCGUUGAAAGCGGCUGCGGAAGCGAGGAAGGACGAAAGCCCCCGGUCACCCGUACGCAGCAGGCAGACCGAAAGUUUCAGUCGGGAAGACGUCCUGCGGUCUUAUGGCAAGCUCAAGCCACCCUUGAAACGGAGCCAGACCCUCCCCAGUGUACGGCCUCAGGACAUCGAUGCGGAACACAAGGAGUCAAAACCGUACUUGCACAGGCGAAAUCUUAAGUCGGAAUCUCAAGCACAUGCCUCUUUGCUGGGAAGCUCCCAGCACAACGCUACGGAUGACUCCCAGGGCGAGAACGGUGGUGAUGCAUCAAAAUUUGAAGCAUUCUCUGGCUUGCACUUGUCGAAUCGAAUUCUGCCCCAUUCAUUCCUCACGCGGACGCUCGAGGACAAGAAGGUUCUCCGUAUUCCAGAUCUUCUUCGAACCAUUAAAGCACCGAACUUCGAACUACCGGAAGACAUCGACACAGACUACGUGGUUUUCGGCAUUGUAGCAUCCAAGUCCGAGCCCAGACAGGUCAAAUCGAACAAGAAUGUCUCACAGAAGGAGGCCGACCCCUUCGACGACGGUCUCAACAACACCAAUUCAUACAUGGUCAUCACCCUGACUGACCUCAAAUGGACCAUAGAUCUUUUCCUUUUCGAGACUGCCUUUCCGCGAUACUACCGGCUCUCUGAGGGGAUCCUAGUUGCAAUUCUGAACCCUACAAUAAUGCCACCACCCAAAAACAAGCUGGAUACGAACAAAUUCAGCCUCGCUAUCUCUUCCUCCGACGACACCGUUCUCGAAGUCGGGUACGCUCAGGACUUGGGAUUCUGCAAAGCCACCAGAAAAGACGGCAAGACGUGUCAUGCAUGGGUUGAUGGACGCAAGACUGAAUUCUGUGAUUUUCACGUUGAUCUGCAAGUCCGCAAGACCCAAGCUGGGCGGAUGGGAGUGAACAAUGGACCAGGCAUGUACGGGCCUGGCGGACGUUCUGGCUCCCGUACUGGUUACUUCGCGGGCGGCGGUCAUGACGGCGUGAAACGACCCGGGCCACGAAAUGGACUUAAGCCGACCGGCGCUCAAUAUGACAGCGGAUCGCAGUCCGUUUUCUAUGUCGCGCCGGCGCCGAGGACUUUCAACAGAGGUGGCCUGGGUAGUGGAAAUGUUCACCGUAACCAGCAUUCCCUGGGCCAGUCUGCAGCUAGCCUGAUCGAUGCUGAUACGGACGACCCUUUCAUCGCCGCAGGUCGAAUGGGACGUGGGAGAGACAGCAAAGAAGAGCGAUUCCGCAAGCGCCUUGCAGAUAAACAGCGCGAGAAAGAUAUCACUGAAAAGCUCAUCACCCGGACCAGCGGCGUAGGGGCAGAGUACCUCCGUGCUCGAGGUAAUGACCAUGUUGUUCCUGCUUCGCGUCCCAGCGAUGCCUCAAAAAUCCAAUCACGCAAGGCCGGGGACAAGGACUCCGCAGUCGCUACCCUUAGUCUUGCAAGUCUGCGCAAAGCAGCAGCCGUCAACCUCAGCCCUUUGAAACGCGCACAUGACGGCGGCAGCGACAGAUCGCACGGCAGCAGUGCCGUCAAGAAAACUCGGUUCAUCACCUCUCAUGGUAUCAAGGAAGCUGGGAGGGACAGUUUGGGCGGGAAGUUAGAAAUGGUAUCCACGAACGAUCAUGAUGACGACGACGAUGAAUUGGACAUCAUCUGAGCGAAUUGAAUCAGAAUCAGGAGAGAAGAAACAAGAACCCUCUACAUCGUCAACACGAGGAAGAGAAUAAAAACAAGAUAAUAAUAUUAGAUACCCCUUUGACCGGUCCCGGAUACAUCCUGAUGAGUGUUGAAUUUUUGUCAUAAUUUGCUUAGCAUUGUCCGUGACUCAUUAUGAAGGAGUCCUAACACCUGGAGGUUGUUCUCCUCUGGUGUUUAUCUGACUCCGCCAUGAGAACCUUUCUCUUUAAGCUUGGUACUUGAGCUACAGGCAACCUCUUUCAGCAGUUUCUGUUGCAUGACUACCCAACACCAUUUGUAGGUCUGUCGUCAAACACAUCAUUCAAGCCGCCAACAAUGCAUGUUCG